GCCACGAUCAGCGUUCGGAUAAGCAUUACUUCAAGAUGAGUUCAAUCUGUUUACUGAGUUUAUUGUUUUUAAAGAAUGAAAAAUUCCCGAGUUUCGAGUAAUUUUUUGACCUGAAAAAGUUGCUUAGGAAUUUAGAACAAUCGACCUUAUUGUUAGUUUCAAAACGAAGUUAUGGUUUCUUUUUUGUUUUUAUUUAUUUUGAAUGACUCAUCCUGUCCCGUCACUUCCCUUUUAAUAUUACUUAUGUUAAUGUUCAGAAUGUGUCAACAGGUGUGGUGGCUAUAAUAAUAAAUUUAAAUUUAUAUUAAAUGUUGCCACAUUUUUUGUAGAUGAUUGGGCUGCAUAUAUGGAGCAAUUAUUGACUAAAAAAGAUGGAAUGGCUGAUCGAAGAGCUGAAUUAGAAAGAAAACGUGAAAAAUUGGCCCUUCUUCGAGAAGAAAAGGCGAGAAGAAAACGUGAAAAAGAAGCUCAAAAAGUUGAACAACUCUCUGUCCAAAAAGAUGCCUUGAUUGAAACUGAUAAAUUAUUAGCAUCUUUGAAUGUUACUACAUCGAUUGCUUCGUCCCCUAGUACGACAGAAUCAAGCCUAAAUGAUUCAUCAUUGAAUAAGCCAGUUAUUCCCCAGCCUUCUCCGCCUAAACUAAAAAAAGUGAAUUUGUCGUUUGUCAAUGUUCACACAACAACAGUUCCCCCAUUUGAAAAAGUUGUGUAUGACAAAAACACCCAGACAUUACAAUCAGGAAGUGACAAAGAAGCUGCAUCACUUGAUUAUUAUGAGUGGGAAGAUGAAUUUCAAGUUCUGACUUAUGAUGAUUCAUCUAUAUCUGAAGAUGGUGAAAGUUUGUCUAUAACAUCAACCGAUGGUAUUGUUCAUCAUUUUUCUAAACAUAAUAAAGCAACAAAUGUCAAUGCAAUCAAAGCUUCAAAAUUAGCUACAGAUGAGAAACUUAUUAUUAAUGACAAAGAAAAAGAAGUAGAGAAAAAGAUUUUAGAUUUGAGUGAGGAAGAAAGAAUCUUACUUAUGAGAAGUGAAAAUUUUCAGCAAUUCAUCGACCGAUCUUCUCGAAUUAUUGAAAGGGCCUUAUGUGAAGAUGCUGACAUUUUUAUUGAUUAUACUGGUGUACAAGAAGAAUCAGAGAGUGAAGACAGGUCAGGAAUGUCAUUGCUAUUAAACCGUUGCUUUUCUGAUGAUGUUUGGUCAAAGAAUCGUACUAUCACUAGUUUUGACUGGUCCACUCAGUUCCCAGAGUUGCUAUGUGCAUCUUAUAAUCAGAAUGAAGAUGCUCCUCAUCAACCUGAUGGUAUCUGUUUAAUUUGGAACACAAAAUUUAAGAAAAAUACUCCUGAAUAUAUUUUUCAUUGUCAGUCUCCUAUUACCUCAGCUUGUUUUGCUAAAUAUCAUCCUAAUCUAGUCAUUGGUGGAACAUAUUCUGGUCAGAUAGUGUUGUGGGAUAAUAGAAGUUAUAAAAGAACUCCUGUCCAAAGAAGCCCCCUAUCAGCUAUUGCUCACACGCAUCCUGUAUAUUCUAUAUGUAUGGUUGGAUCAGAAAAUGCUCACAAUCUAGUUACAAUUUCUACUGAUGGCAAAUGUUGCACCUGGAGUGUCGACAUGUUGUCAUACCCUCAAGAUACAAUAGAACUAAAUCAGCAAAAACAAUCAAGAACAGUAGCUGUUACAUGCAUGGCCUUUCCAAAUGAUGAAUUUAACAACUUUGUUGUUGGAAGUGAAGAUGGAUUAGUAUAUUCAGCUUGUCGCCAUGGAAGCAAAAGUGGAAUUGUUGAUUCAUUUGAAAGUCAUCAAGGGCCUGUCACUGCCAUUAGCACUCAUAAAAGUAGAGGAUCUAUGGAGUUCCCUGAUUUAUUCUUGACAUCUUCAUUUGAUUGGACUGUAAAGCUAUGGAAUCUUAGGAAAAGUCAACCUCUGUACUCAUUUGAACACAAUUCUGAUUAUGUGUUUGAUGUCAGCUGGUCACCGGUGCAUCCAGCAUUAUUUGCUUGUGUCGAUGGUUUGGGUAAUCUGGAUCUUUGGAAUUUAAAUUGCGACUCUGAGCUGCCUACAGUUGGCGUUCAAAUCGAUGGAUGCCCAGCAUUAAACAGGGUAUCGUGGACUCAUUCUGGACAACAUGUUGCAGUUGGUGAUGCUUUAGGAAAAAUUUGGCUGUAUGAUGUGGGAGAGCAACUAUCAAAUCCAAAGCCUGAUGAAUGGUCAAAGUUCACAGAAACUUUGGAAGAAUUUCAAAAUAAUCAGCCAUAUUUCAAUGGAGACGUUUUAUCUUCUUCUCCAGCUCCUGUUACUUCUCUUCCUCAAUCUCCUUACCUUCCAAUGACUCCAGUCAGAUGAAUUGUUAUGCCUUACAUCUUCAGUUCCGUCCAAAAAUCUAUUUUCCUCAUCACCCUUUGUUGAACUUGUUCUAAAUUUAUUUAUUAUGGUGAAAAGGAACCAAUGCUUUUAUAUUUAUUAAAUACUUUUAUAUUGCAGUUUAAAUUAAAUUUUUGUCGGAAUCUGCAGAUUCCGAGGGGGAAACCUAUGUGAUAAAAUAAGAGUAGAGCUUCUGAUGCCUUAUACUUCAAUCCUGUGAUUCUUUAUUAAAAACAUGAUGUUUACUAAAUUUUAAUUGUUCUGAAUUAAAUAUAUUGUAAAUAAUUUACUGGUUUCUAUGUAUUUACACUUAUUGUCUCUGUUGUCUCAGGAUUUAUUAAAUGUGCUUCCAAAGCUUUAUAUUUGCAUAUUGUUUAUUUCUACACAAUGUUGUACUUUCUUCUGUCUGUAAGGUUUGCUUGUCCUGUUUAAUAAAUUAUUUUAUGUGUGA